AUGGAACCACCCGUAAAUAACUUGAAAUUUCCAAAAUCCGUUUGGUUUGUCGUAUGUAAUGAAAUGUGUGAAAGGUUUAACUACUCUGGACUUAGAACUAUUCUAGUGUUAUAUCUGUCAACGAUAUUAAAUUAUACCGACGAUAAGUCGACCAUGAUCUAUCAUGGCUUUAUAUUUUUAUCAUAUUUCAUGCCAUUGUUCGGUGCCAUAUUGGCCGACUCUUACUGGGGAAAAUUUAAAACUAUAAUACGACUGUCAAUAGUUUAUGCCCUGGGAAACGUCAUCCUCACUGGAGCUUCGAUGGCCAACAGUUUCAGUCUCGAUAGUCAAAGAUUCAUUUCCAUCGUCGGUCUAAUAUGUAUUGCGAUAGGAACAGGUGGCAUAAAACCGUGCUGUUACACGUUUGGCGGCGAACAAUUCCAAUUACCGGAGCAACAAGAUCAACUUUCCCAAUUUUUCAGCAGAUUCCUAACAUCCAUUUACAUUGGGUCGUUGAUAUCUACGUUUUUAGCACCCGAGCUAAGGAAAAGCGCACAGUGCUUUGGCAGGGACUCGUGUUUUCCGCUGUCGUUUGGCUUAUCAUCACUGCUAAUGAUAACUGCCAUAGUUGUUUUUAUCCUCGGAAGAAAACUGUACGUGAAAAGGAAACCGGAGAAACAUGUAAUCUUCAAGACUUUUGGGUGCAUAUUUUACGGUGUUCGUAAAAGUAUCUUUUCGUCGACUUCCAACGAGGCUCAUUGGAUGGAUAUCGCCACCAAAAAGUACUCUAAAACCGAAGUGUCUGACACGAAGGCGGCGCUGGAAGUGCUAUACACUUUUAUCGCUUAUCCGGUGUUUUGGGCACUCUACGAACAACAGGGUUCACGGUGGACGUUACAAGCGACUUUGAUGGACGGCAAGUUGAGUGGCAUCGGUUGGGAGAUCAAACCCGACCAGAUGCAGACCAUUCACCCACUUCUCGCGCUCUUGUUGAUCCUGUCGUUCGACCGAGUUCUGUACCCUUUUCUGGCGAUUUUCGGCAUACGGCGAUAUCUGCAAAAGCUCAUUUUCGGCACUUCCAUGGCUACAGUGGCCUUUCUGCUCACCGCCGUUCUCCAGUAUAAAAUAUUCGGCGACAGCACUGUGAUACCGACUGCCGAAGGACAGUUUGUUGUAUAUAACGGCUUCAAUUGUAACGCUCGUUUGUUAAGUUCGUCAUUGCAGUUCGUGGGCAACAACGAUAUCGAUCCUCUGGGCUCAGCCAAAUUCAAGUACACUCCAAGUUCCGACGAAGGCGUCGUGAACAUAAAGCUGAAAUUGAACGAAUCGUGCGAUGCGUACGUAAACUACCACAAUCUGGAUACGGACGUGACUGUAUCGAGAGGAGAGUCAAUAUCAUAUUUUCUAACAUCCAGUAAUGCAAAUAAAGAACUAAAUUUACGACGAAUCAAUCAUUACGACGAUUUCACCAAGCCUAGAAAUGGCCAUCCAAGUUUAAGAAUCAUAAUUGGCGAUGAUAUCGAGAAGGACGGAUCUCUUGCUCUUGUGAACGCCGAGAAAAAUUACUUGUCGUAUAACAUAUCUUCGUUUACAAACGAAAAUUUCAUACAGGUGGCUUUCGGAAACUAUAAUUUAGUAAACGGUGAAGGACGGAUCUCUUCGAAUAUAAAUCUCAUGCCAGCGACGAUAUAUACACUCGUCAUACGACGCAACGACGGCGACAGCCACAGCCUGGAAUCGAAAUUGUACUCUACGGACGAAGGCAACUACUUACACAUUUUAUGGCAGACACCGCAGUACGUGUGUAUGAUUAUCGGGGACGUGAUUUUUAUAGCCACGACGAUUGAAUUUACGUUUACCCAAGCACCGCCCAGAAUAAAAUCAUUCAUAUCAGCCUGUUUCUCGAUGACCCAUUCGAUCGGAAAUCUACUGGUCGUCAUUGUUUCAGCUUUGUCCUUUCGCAAACAAGUACAUGAAUAUCUAUUUUACUCCGGACUUAUGCUGGCAGACACGUUGUUAUUGGCUUAUUUGAGUUAUAAUUACAAGUACAAAGUUUUCAGACAACGGUUAAACGAUAACAACGACGACCAAGACGACGACGAUAACGUUAUGAUAAAUCAAAUUGAACUUAAACUUGAUGGGAAAUGA